CCGUGGACGGAACUCAUAUGUGGUGGUCUACUGCGCUAAUCGGAAAGACUGAGUUUACAUUAGUUAUCGGAACUGUAGUAGACUGAACGUGUUUUUCCAGUGCUACUGCACCUAUCACGAUGACAGGGUCGAAUGAAUUCAAACUGAACCAGCCGCCGGAGGACAGCGUGUCCGCCGUGAAGUUCAGCCCCAGUACGGCGCAGUUCCUGCUGGUGUCCUCCUGGGACUCCACCGUGCGCCUGUACGAUGUCGGGGGCAACUCCAUGAGGAUGAAGUACCAGCACCUGGCCCCGGUGCUGGACUGCGCCUUUUAUGACCCCACACAUGCCUGGAGUGGAGGCCUGGACAUGGAGCUGAAAACCCAUGACUUAAACACAGACCAGGAAACAAUAGUGGGGGCGCACGACGCCCCGAUUCGCUGUGUGGAGUACUGUCCUGAGGUCAACGUCAUGGUAACAGGCAGCUGGGACAGGUCGGUUCGGCUCUGGGACCCACGGACCCCCUGCAACGCCGGCACUUUCACACAGCCUGAGAAGGUGUACACCCUGUCUGUGGCGGGGGACCGGCUGAUUGUGGGAACAGCAGGGCGCAGGGUACUGGUGUGGGACCUGAGGAAUAUGGGGUACGUCCAACAGCGGAGGGAGUCCAGCCUGAAGUACCAGACGCGCUGCAUCCGCGCCUUCCCCAACAAGCAGGGCUACGUCCUGAGCUCCAUCGAAGGUCGGGUUGCUGUGGAGUACCUGGACCCGAGCCUGGAGGUGCAGAAGAAGAAGUAUGCCUUCAAAUGCCACAGGCUGAAGGAGAACGGCAUCGAGCAGGUUUACCCGGUCAACGCUAUCUCGUUCCACAGCGUGCAUAACACCUUUGCCACAGGCGGCUCCGACGGUUUCGUCAACAUCUGGGAUCCGUUCAACAAGAAGCGUCUGUGCCAGUUCCACCGCUACCCGACCAGCAUCGCGUCUCUGGCUUUCAGCAACGACGGCUCCACGCUGGCCAUCGCCUCGUCCUAUAUGCAGGAACAGGGAGACAUCAGCCACCCCGAGGACGCCAUCUUUAUCCGGCAGGUCACGGACGCUGAGACCAAGCCCAAGUGAGGUGCGGGCGUGAGCCGGCCCUGCAUCUGCUCCCUGUACAGCGUCCCUCCCCCCCACGGAAUGUGAAGAACGCUGCUGUUGGUGCACCCCCCACUGUCCACCCCGCCUUCACUGACGUAUCGCCAUGCUGAGCUCACCCAUAUCUGCCACUUAGCAGUAGGGUUGGGUAUCGUUUGGGUUUUUUCCGAUA